CUUGUCUCAGGAACCUUGUCUCAGAGCUCCAUCAACGAGACCAGUCUCAGGACUCCCACGCCCCACCUCUGGUUUUGUCCCCAAACCAGGUCCUUCGUUCCUUCAACCAGAUACCCUUACUCACCUCCCCCCAAAAGCCUCCCCUAAUUCUCUCAGUCCCUCUCAGAGCUCCUGUCAUUUCUAUCACGUUGUACUCAUUACUACCCUGUUAUACCAAGGACCCACCCACAUACGCCCCAGGGUCCCAGCAGAAACAGCAGCGGUAAGAGGCAUACCCAGGAGGGGCAUCAAAUUCCUCCUCCCUGACCCAGGACCGUAGACCUCAGGAGCGGGCAGGGAAGCCCCGGACACCACAUGCAGGGCUAGCGCCCCUCUCCGGGCGUAGUUCCAAGUGCAGCCACCAGAUGGCGCCAGUCUCGUUCUAGCGGGGCUUGCAGUAAAGCUGUGCGGUCGCCAGAUGGCGUCCGAGACCGCACCUCCACAGGCAGCGCCGGGACAGGGCGGAGACUAGAGAGCAGGCAGGUCCCAGUGCGGGCCCAGGAGCCCCAGCUAAGCGACCUGUACGUCGCUGCCUCCUGGCCGCACCAUGAUCCAGCCCGCACCCCGGCUCUCUGUGCCCGCCGCGCUGGCCCUGGGCUCAGCCGCGCUGGGCGCCGCCUUCGCCACCGGCCUCUUCCUGGGGAGACGGUGCCAUCCCUGGCGAUCCCGGCGAGAGAAGCGCCUGCUGCCCCCUGAAGACAGCCCCCUGUGGCAGUAUCUGCUGAGCCGCUCCAUGCGGGAGCACCCGGCGCUGCGGAGCCUGCGGCUGCUGACCCUGGAGCAGCCGCAGGGAGAUUCCAUGAUGACCUGUGAGCAGGCCCAGCUUCUGGCCAACCUGGCGCGGCUCAUUAAGGCCAAGAAGGCGCUGGACCUGGGUACUUUCACAGGCUACUCAGCCCUAGCAUUGGCCUUGGCGCUGCCCCCGGCCGGGCGCGUGGUAACCUGUGAGGUGAACCCGGGGCCCCCGGAGCUGGGGCGGCCCCUGUGGAGGCAGGCUGAGGAGGAGCACAAGAUCGACCUUCGGUUGAAGCCCGCCCUGGAGACCCUGGAUGAGCUCCUGGCCGCGGGCGAGGCCGGCACCUUCGACGUGGCGGUGGUGGACGCAGACAAGGAGAACUGCACCGCCUACUACGAGCGGUGCCUGCAGCUGCUGCGCCCCGGAGGCGUCCUCGCGGUCCUCAGGAACUGGCAGCUCAACCUCACCUCUGCAGUGGAGGCUCUGCUCAGUGGACAUCACCUCUGAGAACCAGGCCACUUGACUUAGACCUGAGGACCUCAAGGUUGGAGUGUAUAUCCUGUCCUCCCCCUGAAGUCCUGGAGGAAGGUGAGGGACUGGGUGUGAUCACUGGCCAGAAACGUGUGAAGUAGGCCUAGAGGUAGAAGACCAUCAGUAUGGCAGUUUUUAAAAAGCUCUGCACGGGAAGAGGAAUAUAAAAUUAGGCUUUCCCACAUCAGCAUCUAUGGGAGGUGGUGGACAGGGAGCCAGGUGCUUCAGUUCUCUCACUUGGGCCUCCCUAAUCCCAAUCCCACAGGAAGAUCCUAUCGCCGCGCCACAGACGAAGAUCAGGUGCGAAUAUUGUGUUUUUCCACUAUCUGCAUGGGCCUAGAAUACAAUUAGAUUUCCACCACUGGGCUAGGCCUGGGUGCUAGAAGGCUGGAGACUAUUAGAAACAAGGCCAGAGGCGGCCACAACUGGCAACUUCCACAUUCCUACACCUCCUGAAACAUACCUGGCAUUUUAUGCAACCCUCAGGGCCCUGGUUUGAACCAACCUUCUCUCUUCCACAUGUUAAAAACGUUAUUAGGAUGCACCUGGGUAAAUACGUUCAGUUUACUCUUAAAUAUAUCUUUGACCAACUGGUAAGUCACUUGUGCCACACCCCAGUCCUGAGAACCUGACCAGGUAAUCUCUAGCCACACUGAGGGAAGGCCACCUGUUAGCUGUGAGGCAGGCCAUCCAGGGGGCUUCAGGAGUCACAGGCCUAUGACCAGCUGCUCCCCACCAAGCAGAGUUUCAGAGAUGUCUACUGGUCUACCUCACACCUCUCUUAAGUAUCCUAAAAGCAGAUGUGCUUUCACACCUAACUUGCAGACAUCUUUCCCUGUUUGACCCAGCAAAAGAUCCUGACUCAAGCAAACUGGCUCAAAUUCCAACUGUCUGCCAUUAAAUCAUGUGUCUUACUCACAGAGGCUAUUCCUGCCAGUCCCCUUAGCACAAACAGUGAGAUCAUAAGGAGCCUUUUUAUCGCCACAGUGUGGAAAGCUUGCUUUUCUGAUCUCUCAUCAGAUUCUUUCUGACCUGGAAAUUUUCAGCAUGUUAUCACUUUUUUGGGUGAUGAGUCUCAAAGUACCACAUUUCCUUCUCUCAGGCUUCCAACGGGUACCUCAGGUCUAGUAGUAUAAAUGUGUUGAACAAGGCUCUCCCUUUUCUAACCUUUCAUCACAUCCUUCAAACUAUCUUCUCCCAUCAGAAACACUUGCUCUUUCCUACUUUUCCAAUCAGAAUCAUCUAUUAAUUUCUGUCAUUCAGCCCAAAUGCAGAUGAAGGCCCGUGGCCACAAAACCUGAAGGCACUGCUCUGGUCUCACACUUAGACCCAACCCUUUCAGCCAGUGUCUGCCUAGAAAGGAACCACUAAUGACCUCUCACGGAGGCACAUAUACUCCCUUCUCACAGUCCCUCUGGUUCCUGACACCUCACUCCAUUUGCCUAUACCUCGUCCCAUCCCACCUAGGGCCUCGUUCACUUCCCACAGCAAUAGCUCACAGGGGUAUGGUGUGUGUAUACAGCCGUCAGCAUCACCCCUUCAUUUUCCUUUCUUCAUUACUUCCUCUCCAGCCCCUCUUGGGAUCAACAAUGAGCCAAUGGAAUUCUGGACAAAUUUAUAAACUGAAGAUAUAAAGGCAUAUAUCCUCUUUAUUGUAGUCCAAAAAGUUCACG